CAAAAACUAGCGGCUGGGCGAGAAGACGUGUUGCAGUGUAAAAAUUUUGUUCCAUUUAAAAACGUAGUUUUCUCGGGUGAAUUGCAUGAUUUUAUGUACUUGCUUAAAAGCAAUUGGUUUCCUAUUGUGUUUAUUCCUAAAUUAUCGCUAAACAAGUUUAAUUGCAAGUUUAACAUUGAAUAUUUAAGUAAUAGUUUUGUAUACUCACACAAAACGUUACGUUCCAUUGAGAAAUUUUGUAACUCAGUGGAACAAAUUGUAACUCAAUGUAAGGGUAAAGGCGCGAUACAUACAAUAAAGUUUUACAAAAAUGGCUUUGACACCAGCAGAACGUAUGAAGAGGUAUCGAGAACGACUAAAACUAAAUCCAGAAAAAUUGGAAAGUAUUAAAAAGAAACACGCUGAAUAUGUAAAAUCUAAAAGCAAAACAGUUAAAGAUCUGACGGAGAAGGAAAAGGAAAAACAACGAAAAAUUUGGAGAAAUCAGAAACGUAAGCAAAAACAAAAGAAAAAACAGCUUUUAGUUCAGGAAGAAAAAGGUACUAAGAAACAAAAAAUAGCAAACCAAAGUAAAUUGAUUAAGAAUUAUAAGACUGCUUUAAAAAGAAACCAAAAAUUGACAAAACUAGUAAAUACCUAUAAAAAAAGACUUUACCGUUUAAAAAUUUCAACAGAAAAAAAAAUUCAGACGCUUGAAAAAGACAACUUAAAAUUGAAAGCAAGAACAGAACUUUUAGAAUUAACUUUAAAAACUUCUUAUAAACAAUGUCAAACCGUAAAAGAAAAACAAACAUUAAAAAAUGUUGUUCUAAAGGAGAAUAUCCAGAGCAUAAUUAAAAAGACUUUCGUGUCGAAGCUGCUAGGAUUAAAAGGAAUGGUAAGAAUAACAAAUAAAAAUAAAACCGAAAACAAGAUACGUAAAGAAAUUGAAAAUUUUUAUGUCAGAGAUGACGUAAGCAGAAUGACUGCCGGAAAAAAGCAAUGUCGUACAUUUAGAAAAAAAAAGGAGCAAAUUCGAUAUCUCACCGACACAGUUCGUAAUUUAUAUACAAUGUAUCGUAAAGAGGGAGGAAAAUACAGCCUUUCAACUUUUAACAAAUAUAAACCUUUUUAUGUACUAUCCCCUGCCGUGCAAAACAGAGAAACGUGCUUGUGCAUCAAGCACAACAAUAUGCAGUUGAUGUUUUAUGCUUUGAAGAAAUACAGAAUACUAAAUAACUUCAACACUGUUUUGGAAGUUACAAAAAAUCUAUGCUGCGACAUAAAUUCGAAGAAAUGCAUGUAUGAAGAAUGUAAAGAAUGUAAAGACAAGACUAUUUGCUACGAGCCUUUGGAAGAAAAGAAAGAAGAUCAGGUUAAGUGGAGUCAAUGGGAAGUAAUUGAUCAUAAAUACACGAAAACGGAAAAUAAGAGCACAAAAGAAUUAACAACAAAAAAAACGCUCAAAUUGCAAAAAGUAGGAAGCAUUCUUGAUCUUAGGUCUUGUUUUGAAAAAAAUCUAAAAACAUUUAAAAUGCAUCAUUUUAACUGGAUUUACCAGCAAAAACAGUACCAAAAGUGUGUUAAGAACCUUCAACGACACGAAGCGCUAAUUAUUUGUGAUUUUUCGGAAAAUUACGCAUGUAAAAUGGGUGAAGAAAUACAAGCAACACAUUUCGGGGCCAGCAAAAAUCAAAUCACGUUACACACCGGUAUGAUUUAUUGGGCUAAAAAAUCACUUUCGUUUUGUACUAUAUCGGACAAUAAUUCUCAUGAACCUGCAGCGAUAUGGGCACAUUUGUUGCCAGUAAUAAAUGAGGCAGGUCAUGGAAAGGGAGUAGCUGAUGGGAUCGGAGCCUCUGUUAAAAGAGCGUUGGAUCGUCAAGUCGCAUUUGGCAGGGAUGUUGAGAACGGUUCACAAGCAUACGAGCAUCUUUCAAAAUGUAUGAAUUUAGUAAAGAUCAUAUACAUACCCGAAAAUGACAUUGAAAAUAUACAAAAACUUGUGCCACAAAACCUCAAAACGAUUAUUGGCACUAUGAAAAUUCAUCAGCUCUCAUCUUGUUCACCAGGCCUCAUCCAGUACAGGAAUUUAUCUUGUUUUUGUGGCACUAAUAGGGGUUUGUGUAAUUGUUUUGAUCCAAAAACACAUGCUUUUAACAACAUAUCUUCCCUGGAAGUUGCUAAUUCCGAGUCUACAGUUAUUGAUAUCUCUGAUGAUGCUGUAACUGACGGAACAAACUGUCCCAAGUAUUCACUAAACAUUAAAAAGAAAGAAAAAUCUUUUCCAAAAGUCGCCAAGAAAUGUAAUUCUAAUUUUGAGGUGAUUACAUUUGCAGCUGAUAUUCAUGUUGACAAUUUAGACUGCUUACCAAAACUUAGAAUUCCUGAUGUACUGACUUUUAACAAGGAAAAUGUGGACAUCAAUCAAGCUGACUUACCAAUUCCCGUGAAUUCUGAUAUUAUGAACAUAGAUACAAAUUUGCAAAAUGUUGACGACGUCAUAUAUGCUCAUGAUAAUAACUACCCGGCACACACCACACCAGAAGAUUUAGAUGGGAUUGUAAUAGACUUGAUGCUGGAUGAGGAAGAAAAAAAACUCAUAAAUGCUACUUACGACCUCCCCUAUUUUGAUGCAAACGACGAUGCGACUACGACACCUAGCACGGACAAUACUGCAGACCGUAAAUUUCAACUAUUGUUUGAUAAUUCUAUAAUCUCAAAGCCAUUUGAAACUGACCAUGUUGCAGACAAAACUUUUAUCCAGAUGAAUGAUAAAUCGGAAACUCCGAGACCAAGAAAUAAGCGUGUUUCAACGGUAGCAUGUUCCUCUGCUGAGCCUGUUCUAAAAAAAGUUAAAAUUGAAAUAUUAAAGAAUAGGAUAUUAUUAACACCAAAUAAAAUGAAGAUCGUCAAAAGUAAAACUGAACAAAAUCCAGUAAGUUCAAGAGCACUUAAAACGACGAUUAAACGCACUGUGUCGUGCAACAAAUGUAAAAAUAUUUAUCUUUUUUAUAAUUGCAUGACGAAAUGUUCUAAAUGUGAACUAUUCUACUGUGGAAAGUGCAUCACAAGUUCAAAAUUAGAAGUUGAUGAUGUUUAUGUCUGUGAUACAUGUGUGCAGAAGUGA